CUGACGCCGAACAGUUACUCCUUGAUGGUGGGGUUUCUGCUCCGGUGUGAGGAGUUGGGCUACAGGCCGACGACGGCACUAUUCAUGAAUCUGUACCAGAUAGGCCGAGGAAGUCACAAGAACUGUGCGGCCUAUGCUACUCUUCAGCAGCUGCCGAAGAAGAGGAGUUUCACGGAUUUGCCUACGUCCAUUCAUGGGUGGAAGAGCAAGUUCGUGUUUGUGUCCAUUGGUGAGAGUGGCACCGAGUUUCCCUCCCUCGGCCAUACCGGGAGGUUUAACCUGCACGACCUGCCGAAGAGCUCUAUUCUGGACGCUCAGGUGGAAGCUUUCUUGGAAGGGGGGCCGAGGAGCGUGAAGGAUUACAUCACUGAAUACAAGAUGGCCGCCCUCGGCUUCGUGAGGUACUAUGUCUAUGGUGACAAAGAGGAUGACCUCCAACUCUGGCCGAGGAUGACCACCACCUUUGAGGAGGCCGACGGCCCGGACUUGGGCAUUCCUGCUGAGGCCGAUGAUUUUGUCAUGGACCGUCGUUCCAUGAUGGCUAUUGCCAAGGCCAAAGCGGCCGAGGAGAUUGCUGCUAAGGCGGCCGAGGCGGCCAGACGUGCCGCGGCCGGUGGGAGCGGGGCUACUGCUGAUGUGGCCCCAAAGCCUGCUCCAUUGAAGAAGAAAAGGCCGGCCUCUGACGGCCAAAAAAAG